ACACAUUAUAUAGAGAAUGCAAUCGAUCUGAUAUGACAACUGUUGGAAGAUAAAGAUUACUGUGGCAUCCAUUAAGUUUACCAUUAUGAUCAUUAUCAUAAAGAGGCAGCUUAAGGUGUUUGCCUCUUUUGGUCUGUUUGUGUGACUCAGGAAAGGAAGUGAGAAGAUGUAGCAGAGAUGUGGGGGAAUCAGAAAGUAAAAAGGCCUCAGUGAUGCAGGCUCCCCAGAAUGAAAAGGAAGACCGAUGCCCAGAGCUUCAGGCCUUUCCAUCCCAGCUAGAGAGAGAGGAGGAGAGUGGUAUCCUCAUCAGACCCAAAAAACCUCUCAAUCCUUUAACUGCCUCGAAGAACCACCAGGAGCUCCACAAAGAACUGCGGAUUACCCACAACAGGUUGGACAGACACACUCAUAAUUCAGUUCCAAUGUUCAUACAAAUCAUUAAGUCCUUCUGUGUUUCUGUCAGGAGAGUGUCUCAAGAAGGAAAGACUGAACUCCAACGAGUUCUGGAGAAGAGGAAAUGGGACCAAAUGAAGAAGGUGAGCAAGGAUCAGGAGGAGGCAAAGAAGAACAGAUCACCACUUCAUCAAGAGCUGUUGAAAAGACAUCAUAGGCUGGAAAAACUGGAGAGAGAGGAGAAAGGGCAAGAGCGGGAGGAGCCAGAGUUCCUGCGAGUCAAAGACAGACUGAGGCGGACGGCAGUGCUGGGUGCAGGAGGAAAAGAAGCGUGACGGCUAUGAUUCAUGGCUCCAUAUACGUGCAGGUUUUCUGUUGACAGGCAGCACAGUUGACUAGUGGGAUUAAGUGACAGGGUUGAGAGAUACAGGAAUGAUCUUCACUGUUGGAGCGUGGGUGUACAUUGUAAAAAAAAAAAACCUGUACAAUAAAUAGAUGACACUGCACAUUAUUUAUAAUCAAGGCAAGACCAUCAGGUGAAAGAAAUACAAAAGGAGAAUCAGAUAUUCUGUUGUAACAUUAUGCUUUAAUAAGUCAGAAAUCAAAGUCUGCAUAGAUAAAAUAUUAUAGACAUGUAUCACUUCUCACUGUGUUUUUUCUCCAAAUAUGCAAAGGAAAUUUACAGCAUAAUAUGUGAUUGUUUGUCCUACCAUUUUUACUAUUACUAUUACUAUUUCCUAUUUUUAUAUGUUUCCAUGUUAUCACUAUAAUGAAGAGUGGCCACAUUUUCUGCACAAUUCUAGGCCUACUUUUUGGGCAUCCAGUUUUCCCUUGCACACGUCACUUUUUUGUCAUAGCUAAAUUAGGGCUGCUCUGGAAUGCUGGGAAGUGUAGUAUCAUCAGUACACUAGUCAAACAAUCGGCUGUAUUUGUCUGAAGGUAUAAGAAGGUGAUAUGUGGGGGAAGGCGACUGAUGUAUCCAUUGAGAAUCACUGUAGAUUGAGAGAUGUUAAAUAAACAUUAAACAAGAUGAUUCUUAACAUUAAUUUGAUAACUCUCAAUGGUUUCUCAUUGCAAAUCAGUGUAUUUGUACAAAAAAAACAUAGGAAUAUGAAAAAACUCUCAACCACUAAAUCACAAGCACAUAGUUGUAAAAAUAAAAAAGUAACUGUUAACAUUAAUUUGAGUAAUGGCAAGUUUUAAUUGAGGAAAAGACCUCUUAUGAAAUGAUGCUGUCAGUGUACUAGUGUACAUGUAUAGCAUUU